GCGCUCAUAGAAAUAUACAUACGUACAUACGCAUAUAUUUUCCAUAGAUUUGAGUUUCGCAUCAAUUAAUCAGAGUGUUAAGACAGACUGAAGUUCUAGCUUAAGAUAUGGCUGGGGCUUAAUUCAUGAUUAAAUAAAACCAACCAUAUUAUUGCUGUACAAGAACAAUAGUUUAAGACAAUAUCUGUGUGUUUGUUGCAAAUGAUUAUAUGUCAAUAAACUGGGUUGCAUACUUUAAUAGGUGGUGAAUUUUUAUAAAAAUCGCCUAGAGAGCGGUAUUUUUGGAACAUGAACACCGCAGAAGUCAACCAAAGCGAUCAGCCGCAUAGGAACAAUGGAUCCCAAUAUGAAGAUUACGUUCUUCAUGUACACAUGCCAAACAAGAGUUUUAAGUCCAUAGCCUUUCAUAAAACUGAAACGGUAUUCCACAUCAUCCGGAAAACAGUUGAAGAGUUUGGCAAGGACGGACAACCGCCGCCGAGCAUUCAGCGAUAUGCAUGUCGCAUGUUGAAUGUCAUAACCAAAGAAGUACUAUGGUUAGCUAGGACGACAUCAAUGGAAAAAGUUUUGUCUCACAUACUAUCACCCGGGUGCUCGAAUGUAGAUUGUCCAAACAACGAUCCCAUAAAAGCAGAUCAAGCUGAAGGCAAAGAUCCGCAUCAUGGGCGGCGAUCCGUUGUCACAGGUGUUUGGCGUGUGGAGUUGCGCGUGCGAUAUGUGCCCCAUAAGAUUCAAGACUUAUUCGACGAAGACAAAACAACAUGUUUUUAUUAUUUUGAUCAGGUAAAGGACGAUUAUAUCCAAUCAAAUAUAUCGCCCGUGGAUGCUGAUAUAGCAGUUCAACUAUGCUGUUUGGGUAUACGGCAUUACUUCAAAAACAUAACACUGAAAGCUCCAGAUAAGAAGCAACACAUCGAUUACAUUGAAAAGGAAAUUGGGUUUAAAUGUUUUAUUCCUCAAUCUGUGAUAAGCACAACAAAGCCAAAGAAUCUGAAGAAAAUGAUACAGGUCGGAUACAAAAAGGUCUACAAUUACAAUGACAUCGAGUACUUGACAAAGUUUUUCGAUCUUCUCAAAAGCUUUUAUUUAACCGAUUUCGAACAAUUUUCUGUGACCUUGAGCUCGGCCUGGAAUAUAUCAGGAAUUCUGCAUGUUGGUCCGCAUAUUGGAAUCUCUUACCAAACACACCCGCAAGCAAGUUUAAGGAAUGUAGCACAGUUUAAAGAUGUCGUUUCUAUUAAAACCUGCGCUCUUCCAAAAGAAAAAGCAUCCAAUGAACUUGAGUUACAGAAUUUAAAAUGCAAUUGCCGAAAAAUUAAAACUCAAAUCAAAAUUUCUGCAUCUAAUAUUACGGAAGAUUUGAUUAUAACAUGCAAUGGAGUAAAUACCGCUGAAAGUAUUGCCGAUCUUAUUGAUGGUUAUUGCAGGCUGCUAACGAAAGAUCUAGGAUUUACUGUUUGGGAACGAGAAACGGACAUGGGAGGAAAUGUAAAAAACUCACCAAAUGCAUCUAACGCUUCGCAAGACGAUCGAACUUCGUCGUCUCCGAAUAAAAGUAAACCUAUGCUCACGGAUGAUUACGCUGAAAUCGGGUUAUUAGAAGGGGAGGGUGAUUACUCCACACCCACGGUGCGCAAUUACGAGCUUGAUCGAUCUCAAAUAGUUCUUAGUGCAAAAAUUGGGGUCGGUCAAUUUGGAGAUGUUUAUGUUGGAACAUAUACGGUACCAAUAUCAGCUAAACCGAAAAACAAAAGGAACGAGAGUUCUUCAAAUACUAUCGAUGCCAAAUAUGAUGUAAUGCAAGUAGCCGUUAAGACAUGUAAAGCUAACGAGAAUCCAGAAAAGACAGAAAAUUUUCUUGCCGAAGCAUAUAUAAUGCAGAAGUUCGAUCAUCCACAUAUUAUUCGGUUGAUUGGCAUUUGCAGUAUAACGCCCAUUUGGAUAGUAAUGGAAUUAGCUAAGCUCGGCGAAUUGCGUGCGUACUUAAAAGCCAACAGUGAGAGAUUAAGUCACGGAACUCUGCUUAAAUAUUGCUACCAACUAUCAACAGCGCUUAGCUAUUUGGAAUCUAAGAAAUUCGUUCACAGAGAUAUUGCGGCGCGAAACGUUCUUGUGAGCACACCUACUUGUGUGAAGCUGGCUGAUUUUGGAUUGUCGCGCUGGGUUUCUGACCAGUCCUAUUAUCACUCAACUCCCACAGUUGCACUACCCAUUAAAUGGAUGUCCCCCGAGUCAAUCAAUUUUCGAAGAUUCACUACAGCUAGUGAUGUGUGGAUGUUUGGUGUAUGCAUCUGGGAGAUACUUAUGCUAGGUGUUAAACCAUUUCAAGGCGUGAAAAAUAGCGACGUCAUCACAAAGCUGGAAAAUGGGGAGAGAUUGCCAUUGCCACCGAACUGUCCGCCUAGACUAUACUCAUUAAUGUCUCAGUGUUGGGCUUACGAGCCGCUUAAAAGACCGAACUUUAAACGGAUAAAGGAAACCCUUUAUGAAAUUUUAUUAGAAGACAGUAUAAACUCAUCUGAGACAAUGAGAAGGGAGCACCGUCGACUUGCAGGUGUAUCUUGGAUUGGCACUGAAGACAGCGACAUUCCUCCACUAAAGCCAUCCCGAACAGUAAAUGACACUGAUAUUCCAAGCAUAUUGAAUACGCCAGAGGAAAACAGGACUGUACCCCAGACCUAUAUUAUUGCCCAAAAUCCGGCUGUGCUCGCCAGAUUAAUGAUGGAGAAUCAAAAGCGAGGCAUAAAUCCUGCAGCCUACACCACACCCGCUUCGGUAUUUAAUACUUUAGCCGUAGGAAUAGAUUCCAGUAAAUCGAAUCAUUCGCUUAAAACUACUAAGCUCCCCGCAGCGGAGCUCCUAAAACUCGAUCCUGUCGCUGAUUCAGAUAAACCUCAAAUUCAAUUUCCAAUAACCAGCACCUCUUCUCAAAAUCUUUAUCCAUCUUCAUCACCUGUAAUUAGUUCUUUCGACUCGACCUUUAUGCCAGCAUAUUUACACCCUAUGAAUAUUAGGCCUCAGCCGGUAUCAGGAUAUGUGUCAGAGAAUUUGCCACUGAAAAAUAACUUUAUAAUAAGUGCACCAAAUACGGAUGAUUUCCACAUGAAUCAACUGCAGAUGGACAGCAAAUCUGGCAACCCAACGGCAAGGGCCGCAGGUUAUAGUCUGUACGGCAGUCUCGAAAGGCAUCAACCACAGAUGGAUAAGCCGAUGCACUCAAAGGGUGGCAGUCUGGAACGUCAUCAAUCAUUAAUGGCUGCGCAAAACAUGCUUUUUCACAAACACGGCACGAAUUUUUCAGAGCGUUCCAGGGGCAUCGAACGCAAGAGUCAGUGCCAUGCAUAUCGUCAACAAAUGAAGACAUCAACCGAAUGCGAGUCUCUGCCCGAAGAAAUCUAUGACUUUGGUGGGGUUGGCCUUAAAACCUGUGUGUCUGUAAAAGAAAAAGCCCAUUCGGUAUCAUUAAUGAAUGCAUCUGCAGUAAAUCCGAAUAUAACAGGGCAAGAAUACAAAUGCCCUCAGAACUCCGGCGGAAAGCAAAGCGGCUUAUGCACCAAAACUUCAUCAAACGACUUACAAGAAAUUCCACGAGAGUGGGAGCCGCAGUGGACAACGCUUUCUUACCCAGCUGAGGUUGAUCUUAAGAGCGAUAAUUUGGAAGGAGCAGCUUGCAUUCAAAUAAAUUCAGAAGUGGGAAAUCAGAGCAUUCCCAAACCAAUUGGCGAACAAUUGUGGCAACAACGCAAGGACAGCAAUAGCGAUGGUGAAUGGCUGUAUCAAGAAGAAAUGGUCAGAAAGAGAUCCAGUCCAAUACCAGAAGGCACAAUAGGCUAUCCUGCUGGAUCGAAUUCGAACACAAGGCCAAAAAUACCCGUCGCAAAUGUAUUUUCACUUAAGCUAAAUAACUGUCCAUCGGACCAGACGGUAUCUUCGGCAGCAGAAGAAAGCUUAAGGUCUAGAAUUGGCGAAAAUCAAGAUUCUACUCGACCAAUAAAUCGAACAAACGAUGAGGUGUACUGUGCUACAACCGCAGUUGUAAAGUCAAUAAUGGUACUUUCUCAAGGCGUUGAAAAAGCGCACAUUGAUGGUUACUUGCAUUUAGUCAAAAAUGUCGGGGUCGAGCUAAGGAACCUACUCAAAUCAGUAGAUAAUAUAUCACUACUGUUUCCGGCCCAAGCCUUGAAAGAGGUAGAGAUGGCGCACAAAGUUCUUUCCAAAGAUAUGCAUGAUUUAGUGUCAGCAAUGCGGUUAGCACAUCAAUACAAUGAUACUACUCUGGAUAAUGAAUAUCGAAAGAGUAUGCUGUCGGCCGCACACAUCUUGGCCAUGGAUGCGAAGAAUCUUUUCGAUGUAGUUGAUUCAAUAAGAAAUAGAUAUCAACCCACUUUAACGACAAACACAAACAAGCUAGCCAGAAGAGAAUCAAGUAGUUCGUUAAACUGUGAAUCCGCCCAAUCGCCUCCCGAUAAUGGCUCAGCCGCAUCACCUCAUUCUAUUGCUGAUGAACCGAUUGCGAAUCGUAUUGCUGACAUUAGUCUUUACGACAAUGAGAACUUGCACCAAGGCUUAAAUAUGCAAAGUUCACAAACCGCCAGUUGCAGUGGUAUCGUUAGUGAAGCAAAAACUAAAGGAGCAUUACAUAGGGGAAAUGAUAUUAGCCAUGAGGCAACAGGAAAUUCAAAUGAGCAGUUAAAAAUAAUUGAGGAAACAUUAAAUAAUCCAGGCGAGCACAUGUACUGUAAUACAUCCACGUUACAUGGCCACGCAUAAAUCAAAAAGGUUCUAUCCUAUUUGUUCUUAAGAUAGUAUAUGCUAACAUUCUGUGUAUAUAACAAACCAAAAUAAGUAUGUAAAUAUGCAGGUGUUUUUUCACAAAUGCGAAAUUCAUCUCAAGAACUCAUACAUACAUAUAUCUUGCAUAUUCAUAUAAUAUGACGAACACUCAACGUCGGCCGGCCGCAAUGAAAUGCAUUAUUAAAUCGUCAAGUAGUCAAAAUACUUUAAGAACUAAAACGUGUUUCUGUAAUUGAAAAAUAAAUAAAUAAAUACGUAAAACAUUCUUUUGGAGAAUA